AUGUCGCGAUCAACAGAGCAGCAGGCGCAGCUGUACCAGCAGGCGGUCCAGCAGAGGACACACGACUACCUAACUGGCUUACAGCAACGCACGCAGGAGCGCAUUGGCAACCUCAUCGAGCAACAGCAGAACCCCGUUGCGCACAUGUUUGCCAAUGAGCUUACAAAGGCUAUGACUGGAAAGACACAGGAAGAACUGCUUGCAGACUGGGUUGGCAAGGGAUUCAGAGCAGUCGGCAAGGGCGUGCGCAAAGCUGGUGAUUACAUUGGCGAUCGCGUAUCCUCCACCUUCCGCAACAGCAGAGAGGCACUGGAUUCCGUGCAAAGUGACAUCGGGCGCACAUCCGCGCGUGACGUCAUGCGUGACAACACAGGCUUUGACAUUGGAGAUCCAGAGAACCCUACAUUCAGCAUUCCCUCUGAGAUCUACGGCGAGCACGGCCCCUCUCUCAUUGAUGGCGUGCGCAACACAUGGCAGCGCAUGACAAACGGUAUGGAGCAGCCCAUCACAAACCACACUCAGCAUGAGCCACCGGAGAGCAUUGAAAUGUCUGAUUUAUCACAGACACAGAACGAGCCCACAUCCAUGGACGAAGGCGAACAGGAACAACAAGCAGCAGACGUUCAGCCAGAGUACCCAACCGACAUUGAACUCCAAGACUUGGCGCCGACUGGGGAAGCAGUAGGCGACGGGCUCGAAAGCGGAGCAGCUGAAGGUCUUGGCGAACUUGCAAGCGCCGUUCUAGCACUCUAG